UUCUCACUAGGAUGACAGCGUUGAAGUAAAUUAAAAUAUGGUUGGCUUGAAAUUUUCAUAAAAUGAUUUUAAAUUAAAGUGUAAACGUUUCAAAACAAGAAAAUGAUACAUUAGAGCUUCACUAAUUUACGAAAUGGUGGUUUAUUCUGAUCAUGUAGCUCUAAAUUUAUCAACAAGUGAUAAUAUUUAUGACAAAAAAAGGACGAAGAGUUUGAAAAGGAAAUGGCAUCAUCUCUCAAAACUGCAGAAGAACUGUAUAUACAUUUUGACGGCCCUUAUUUGUAUAACUCUUUUUUAUAUAUUGUCAAAUACUCCAGAUGCAACUGUAUUUAAUUCAGAGGUCGAAGAGCAUCAAAUUAAGCCUCAUAUUCCGAUAGAAAUAAAGUUCAAUGAAAAAAAUUUUGAAACUGAUAACGAUCAUGAAAGAGUUUUGGAUGAUCCACAAGAUGCUGAAUUAUUAAAUAAUGCAAAUAAGGAAAUUUCAAAAAAUAAAAGAGCUUCUGAAUUUUCUGGACCAACUACCCCUAGGCAAGUUGCAGUUAUCAAAGCUUUCAAACAUGCAUGGAGAGGCUAUAAACAAUAUGCUUGGGGCCACGACCAUUUGAGACCUAUUUCAAAAAGCCACCAUGAUUGGUUUGGCUUAGGUUUAACUAUUGUUGAUUCAAUAGAUACCAUAUAUAUAAUGGGGCUUGAUGAAGAAUACUUGGAAGCUAGAGACUGGAUUGAAAAACAUUUACAGUUUGAUAUUAAUAGAGAUGUUAAUUUAUUUGAAGUAACUAUUAGGGUUUUAGGAGGAUUGCUCAGUAUUUAUCAUUUAACUUUUGAUAAAAUGUAUUUGGAUAAAUCAGUUGAUUUAGGUGAUCGCCUCAUGGCGUGUUUUCAAUCAGGUUCAGGAAUUCCUUUCUCAGAUGUGAAUUUGUUCACAAGGAAAGCUCAUUCUCCGAAAUGGUCUCCAGAUAGUAGCACUUCUGAAGUUACUACUCUACAAUUAGAAUUUAGGGAUCUUAGUAGAGCUACGGGUGAUCCGAAAUAUGAAAUGGCUGUUUCGAAGGUGUCUGAACUUAUACAUAAACUGGAAAAAACUGAUGGCUUAGUUCCUAUUUUCAUCAAUCCAAACACUGGUCAAUUUAGAUUUUCAUCCACUAUUACUUUGGGAGCUAGAGGUGAUAGCUACUAUGAAUACUUGCUGAAGCAAUGGCUUCAAACAGGAAAAACUAUAGACUACUUGAAAGAGGACUAUGUCACUGCCAUUAGUGGAGUACAAGAACGUCUUGUGAUGAAAACUGUCCCCAAUGGAUUUGUUUUUAUUGGAGAACUUUUGAACGGUGGGAAAGAUUUCAAACCAAAAAUGGAUCAUCUCACUUGUUAUUUACCGGGCACACUAGUCCUGGGUGUACACAAUGGUCUUCCAGAGAGUCAUAAGAAACUGGCCGAAGAUUUAUCUACAACAUGUUACCAAACUUACGCACGGCAUCCAACAUUUUUAGCUCCGGAAAUAACGUACUUCAAUAUCCAGGGAGAGAGUUCAAACGACUUUUACGUCAAGAUAAACGAUGCGCACAAUCUUCUUCGACCAGAAUUUGUUGAAAGUCUUUGGUAUAUGUACCAAUUCAGCGGAAACUCAACAUAUCAAGAUUGGGGAUGGAACAUUUUUCAGGGAUUUGAGAAUUUCACAAAAGUUUCCAGUGGAUACACAUCAAUAGGAAACGUGCGAAGUGCAACAGAUGUACGUCCCAAAGACAUGAUGGAAUCCUUCUUUUUGGCUGAAACUUUAAAAUACUUUUACUUGCUAUUCAGCGACGAUCCGAAAUUAAUAGAUUUGGAUAAAUAUGUUGUGAAUUCCGAGGCGCAUAUUCUGCCUAUACAUAAUUCGUGAUUCUAAUGCGAUGUUGUGACAAUCUAGUCAGGUUAAUUCGAAGAUGCAUUAAUGGAGUUUUUUAUGAUUUUCGAUUAAUAUGUUCUUGAAUGAGAAGGUACACAAGAAACGAACGAAUUUAUUGAAUGAGAUUUUUCAAUGUACGAAAAAAUAAAAGUUC